UGCCUCCGAGAGUCCAAGCGAACCAAAGUCAGCCAUCAAAAGAGCUAAAGAAGAAAGUGAGUUGAGAUGCGAUGCGAUGUGUGCGCAAGAUUGGAUUUAUUGACGGUUUUUGGAUAUUGUGAUCGACUAGCGGUUCUUUAAAUAACAAACUGUUAACUCAAUAUUGAGACACCAAAGACCCGAAAGACCCAAUCAAAAGCUGCAUCAGUUUAGACGGCGGCUUAGAGGCUGAGAUAACAAAGAAAGUGAGAUCAACUAGUUUUUGGAUGCUUGUCCGAAAGUCGCCUCUGUGUUUGUGUGUGCGUGUGUGUGUGUGAGUAAAAUUUGAUAGAAAUUCCACUUUUUUACUUUCGGAAAAGAUCUCGAAGCAGCUGCAAAACUGAGAAAUGUCAAAUCUCAAUAGACCGUCGUGGAAACAAGUCGCGCGAGCCACGAACUCAGCUCUGAUUCCGCAUUGAGUUAUUACAGCAACAAAAUGUCGCAAGGCGUAAUGAAUCUAUUAAACAAUCUUCUAAAGAUAUUCAUUGUGUUUGCCUGCGUCUUCUCGCGAGUGCAGUGUAACAAGAAUGGUGGCCAAGAAUAUACGAGUGACUCGGAUCUGCUGCGCAAUGCCCGACUAUUCGAUUUCUUGGGCGAGCCCAAGCCACACUUUAGCCACACGCGCAGUAGACCGCCAGGACCCAAUGUGUUUCCACUGCACCGCCUGAAUGCACGUUCCGAUGGUCCGGCACCAAAUCAAUUUCCACCCAAAUUUGCCCUGAGAUCUCCACAACCGCCAGCAGGACUGCAUCAUAUGGGCAUCGAGCAGAAUGCGAACUACCCAUUCAUCGAGAACAAUCCGCAGCACAGGGGAUAUCAUUAUGAUAAUAGUAAGCCCGUGAGAUUUGCACACUUCAAGGAUGCAGUGCUGGAUGUUGGAAAGAACCAAUUUGUACGUCCGGAAGGCAUACUCCAAUAUCCCUCCGAGCAGUACUUACAGAACUUCAAGACAGCGCCUCGGUUCAAUGGAAAUGUCAAUCUGCUACAAAAGAAUCCCAACCCCUCGUACACGCCGUUCCCGCAGCAUGAGAUUCCGGUGCAGCCCAACCAAUACAUGCACCACCCGAAACCCUAUGUCCAGCCUGAAAACUACGGUCCAGUGCAAUCGAAACAAGCUGUCAUGAAGAAAGCUCAAUUCCCGCAGGAACACAGCAGCUACGCAGUGCAUGAAGAGUUGGACAAUCUGCCAAAACAAGGCAUUCCACAGCAACAGGGGAACUUCCGGCAGCCAGUGGCACCACAAAUAGAAUCAAAGGAGGCGCAGGAUUACCUACACUUCAUGGGCACCAAUGAGUACUUCCUGCCCAAACGAGAUCCUGACUAUAAGAAACUGGACGCUGAGCACGAUGGUGUUCCCAGCCCCAUUCAGCAUUCCCAGCAAUAUCCACAAUCCCAGUUGCAGCAAUAUCAGCAGCAGCAGCAGUCCCAGCAGCAGCUUCAGUCUCAUCAGCAGCCACAGCAGCAGCCUCAGCAGCAACAUCAACAACAUCAACAGCAGCAGCAUCAUUACCCCAUUAACGGCGGAGCCCAACAUCAAGCCACAGACAAUAGUCUGUCAUCCAGCUAUAAUGAACCCAUCCAAGUGGCCGAUUUGUUUUAUAAUCAGGAUCCAGCACCUCCAAAUGUGGCGGUGGUACGCGGCAGCUAUCAGGCCGGUCAGGAUGUGUUUGUGGUCAAGUCUGAUGGCAACAAGGCUGUCAAGCAUGUGGUUCUAACUCCGAUGACAGCCCAAACAACGACUCCAGCACCACCAUCAACGGCAAGGAACCAAAAUCUUCAGAAGAGUCACAAAGGCUUUACACAAGAGCCGGUGCGAUUUGAAUUUACCGAGCAAGAUGCCAUUAGGGGACACAUAAGUUACACCCAAUCUCCGCAGGGGAACAAAUAUAAGUACGAGACAAUCUACUCAACACCCCAUCAAACAAAUCCGGUUCAAGCACCAGCUCCCAUUGCCGAGAUCGCCAAGCCGAUCAAAGAAUACAGCGACGACAUCGAAGACAGCGCCGAUACGGAACAUUCGAAACAGCAACAAAUCGAGAAUACACAAAUACAAGCUGCAGGCGCUGCGAAUUCUCAGGAUGAUACAAAGGCUACCGAAAGCUACUGUGAAAAUAUAUGCGCAAAUGUUUAUGAUGAAAAUGAUGAGAUAGUUUGUGGAUCCGACGGCUAUAUGUACACCGGAGAAACACAAUUAGAGUGUUAUUCGUCCUGCCUUAAUAUAAGUAUAACCAUCAAAAGUAAGGGAUCUUGCACAUGAGCGCUAAGUGCGUUUGCCUUAAUGAUACUUAGAAUAACGAAUAAACAAUUUGAUAGUUUUAAUAAUUUAUUUAUAUUAUUUAUUGCUAGUGUAAGAGUAAUUUUAAUCACAGCCUCAGCUAUUUACUCAAGCAAUAUUGCUAAUGUCUUUAAAAAGGUAGAAAUAUUGAAACUGAUUUUGUUGU